UUUAUUAAAUAAUAACUUUAUUGGUAAUUUAUUGUCAGUUUCAAUGCAGUUGUCCAUUAGGACAUUCAAAAAUGUGCAACCUGCUCAUAAAACCUCUGACAGGAACUGGUAUUGUGAUAAUUUUUAUUUAAGCUGAUAAUUGUGGUCACAGCUAAGCUUGAAUUCAAGGAGGAAGUUAAGUUGUUUUUGUCGACUCCAUCUUCAUUUUGCAAGCAGAGCCGCAGAGGAGAAGGGCUGAAUUGACUUGGAUCCGGAAGACAAAAUGAAUACAUCCAACUGCACUAAACCCGAUAAGAAAUUAUUUGAACAUACAAUCCUGCCUGCACUCUACGUCUUGGUAUUUGUUGUUGGAUUGGUCCUGAAUGUAUGGGGAAUGAAGUCUUUGCUGCACAACUGGAAGAAACUCUGGAGUAUCAAUAUUCUUGUUCUUAACCUUGGACUAGCAGACAUGUUGUAUCUGCUGACUCACCCCUUUCUCAUCGUGUACUACCUUAAAGAAAACAAAUGGAUCUUUGGAGACGGAUUCUGCAAGGUAACAAGAUUCUGUUUCAACCUGAAUUUAUACGGCAGCAUCGGGUUCCUCACCUGUAUAAGUGUGUACCGGUACCUGGCUGUUGUCCAUCCAACGAGAGUGAUGGGGAGAUUAACUACGACUCACUCUGUGAUCAUCUCUGCAAUUAUUUGGAUUCUGAUUCUGAGCAGUGAUGACUUCAAGGUGGUUCAGCAUAUACAGUAGACAUCAUGGAUGAGCAGCCAGUGGCAUUUUAAAACCAUAGAUUACAGAUUACAAUGGAGGAACAUGCUAAAUGGAAGUUCUGAAAGAUAUCCAGAUAAGUAGCUGAAAACAGAAGAGCCAAAGACUCAUCUGAUUUAUAA